AUGUAUUUUUUUUUAUUAAAGGAGGGCCAAAUGACAGCAGGAGGGGUGUACCUCCGAGCCCGGUAUGUGGCGGUGUGGUUGGUUUUUUUGCUGUUGGUGCACGUUGGCAGUGGUAACGCCGCUGUGACGCUGCGCCUUGUGCAAUUGGUACAUCGCCAUGGCUCACGGUCUGCCCUUGUGCAUCACAAUCAAACUCAAAUAUGUGGCGACGUUCCGUGUGGGCAACUAAACAUUCACGGAAAAGACAUGUUGAUAAAAGUCGGGACUUUCCUGCGGGAACGGUACAACAGUGACCUCAAUAAUCCAUUCUUCCCUUCCGAGAGCUACGAUGUCGAAGUUUCAUACACCCGCUCCACCGAUGUGCCACGCACACUCCAGAGCGCCGUGGGUUUGUUGUACGGUCUUUUCCCUAACAGGAGUGCGGCUUUCCCUGUUAUUCACACCGUUACUCGCGGUACCGACUGGCUCUUGGAUGGCGGACUUUCUCCUUUCGCCACUGUUUUUUAUUUGCUGGAUGACGCCUGGAAACACGAUGUGGGAAACAAGGAAGUUGACAAAAUCAUUGACUUCUCCACUCUGCAGGCCAUUGCUAAGGAAGCGUUCAGUGAGGGGUACUGCUCGGAUCCGGCAAACCGGUGGGAUUGUGCGUACGUAUUGUUUGACAUUGGCGCUGCUUUGCAAGCUGAUGGGCGGAUAGGGAGUUUCAAAUUAUUGAAAGCAAAUCUGGAACGGUUGCGAUCCUUUUCUCGGUUCUAUUACAGUUCUCAAUAUGCGUACAACAGCUCGGACGAGCAACACGUGAGGAUGGGUAGCCAGGGCCAGAACCUGGCGCAACAGUUACUGGCGAACGCUGAGCUACACAUGCAGGGCAAAGCCAAAUACAAGCUUUACCAUUACAGCGCCCACGACACAACCCUCAUGCCGCUGGCAGCGACGCUUGGUGAUAUUGGACCUGAAAGUAUGAUGCCACCCUUUGCCCAGCUGUAUGCAUUCGAAUUACUGUACGAUGAUUCCACCAACACUCACAGCAUACGGGCGAUGCGAGGCUCUCCUGAACAGACGCCGGAUACGAAACACCGUUUCAGCUGGGAUGGGUUUCAACUGAGAUGCAUGGACAGCAAUGGCAAUGUUUACAACGCCAGUCAAAAUACCUGUCUCUACCAGGACUUUAAGCGUUUUGUGGAUUCCACUAGGCCCACGGACCCCGCGGGGCUUUGCUACCUCAACGACCGCUACAAGGCGUUGUUGAAAUGCCCGACGCGGGAAGGAAAGCCUCUUAACAAACACUGCAUGGCCUACCGCAAGUUGUGUCCUGCGUGGUCUUGCGACUCUGACUUUACACUGGAUCCGGUGACAUUGCAGUGUGUGUGUACCGCAGCUUAUUGCAUGGAAAAGGGCGGGGAAAAAGGUGGGAAAGCCUUGGGCGCGAGUGGGAUUGCCGGUGUUGCGAUUGCAAGCUUUUUUGUUGGAGCAAUUCUUGCUGCCUGCAUCGCCGUGAUAGCGCUCGGGUGGUAUUUUCGCUGGGGAGCUUCGGAUAUAUUGGUUCAGCCUGCCUAG